AUGAAUAGUGAUUAUUAUAAUCAAAGUAAUGAUUAUUCAAUGAAUAAUAAAGUUAAAUAUUUAACACCAAAAAUAUAUCGUUUACGACAUCGUACACAAUCACCUACUAAUUCUUCAAGGACAUCUACUGAUAAUGAAACACUAUUAAAUAAAAAGAAAGCUGAAUAUGCUUUAACACCAUUAAAAUAUCGUCUUAGACAAUUCUAUUCAUCUUUACAAAAUCAUAAUAAAAAUGAAUUUAAUCAAUAUCAACUAGUAUCUACUGAAGAUAUUGAUCAAAAUAAUAAUGAAAGAUUUAAUAGAGAAUCUCCUUUUAUUAUGGGAGAUUUUAUUUUAACUGAAAAACCAAUUGAAGAUCAUACGAUGUAUAAUUAUGAACCUAAACAUCAACAAAUAUCAUAUAUAUACAAAGGCACAUUAACUAGUGCUGAAGUUCAAGAACGUGCAUUGAAUAAUACGAACCAAUUAUUUCAACAACAACGAAAUCGUACUUUAUUAUCAAAUUCUAUAGAAAAUGAAAAAUUUAAUUCAAAUAUACCGACAAUAUCAAAUAAUAUUGAUGAUCAUAGACAAUCAUCUAUUGAUAAUAAUGAAUUUUCAUCAAUAGUUAUUCCUUCUUCGAAUAUUACUCUAUCACCAAUAAAUAAUAAUUCAAUUUUUUAUGGAGACAUUUCAUCAAAUUCAGAUCAAAAUAAUAGCAAUAAUACAUCAAUAAAACCAAAUAGUAUAUAUUAUUUCGGUCCAGAAUCUAAAUAUAGUCCAACAAAUAACGAAGAAAAUUAUUCUAACGAAGAUGAAAUCUGUGUAUCAUUUGGUCGUAAUGUAGAACCAAAACCAGUAUAUACUCCACCAUUAAUAGAACAGUCAGCACCUACAAUAGAACAACCAAUACCAAUAUAUGAACAGCCAGCAUCUACAAUAGAACAAUCAAUACCAAUAUAUGAACAGCCAGCAUCUACAAUAGAACAACCAAUACCAAUAUAUGAACAGCCAGCAUCUACAAUAGAACAACCAAUACCAAUAUAUGAACAGCCAACAACAGUACUAGAAUCAUCUAUUUUUACUACUUAUGUCAAUUAUAAUAAUAAUAAUAACUCAGAUGAUCUUAUUUUUCAAGAAGUACGCGACGUUGGAACAUCUACUGAUAAUAUUUCACUAGGUCAAGAAUUAUUAAAUACAUCAAAGAAUAAUCGAAAUUCAUCUUUUCAAAAACCAUAUAUAAAUAAUCGAGAAUCAUUAUUUACAAAUCAAAGUUCUCGUAGUGAAACUGAAACAUAUAGAGUUAAUCAACAAACUAGAAAUUUUGAAAAUAAUGAUGAAAUUGAUAUAAAUCAAUUUUCACCAAUUGAAAAUCCGACACAUAUGUCUAGUAGUAAUUCAUCAACAACUCAUUCGUAUACAAAUUUAAAGAAAUCUACAAAUUAUAAAAUGGACACUGUAAGCAAAGAUCAAUCGUCAGAAAUUUUAUAUGAAGAAGAAGAAGAAGAAGAAGAAGAAAGUCAUCGAUCUACAUCUAAAUCUUCAUUAAGAAUUCAAAAAUUAGUUGAAACAAAUCCACUUAAUAUUGUACAACGAACCGAAUAUGAAAAUUUGAGUGAUAAUAGUGAACAUGAAUCGAGUUUAUCUCAAAAAUUAAAUAAAACUCAUCAAUCACGUCGAAAUCUUUUUAAUAUAUUAUUUCGUCGAGGCAAAAAAAAUAGCAAAUCAAAUAAAAAUAAAUACAAUGGAAAGAAAAAACACAAAACUUAA